UGGCGGUGCGCGUGGUGAGGCGCCGCCGGCUAAGGGUGGCCCGGACCUGGCGGGCAUGGAAGUGACCGAGCAGCUGGGGACGCUGAGCGUCGCCUGUGAGGCGGCAGGCCGCGAGGGGGGCUGCGGCAUGGGGGAGGGAGACGCUUCGCUUCCCUCGGUGAUGGGGCGGGGGCUGAGCGUGGCCAGUGGCGCGGCUGGCGAGGGGCUCCCUGAGGCAGGGCCUUCCGCGGCUGUUCCCGAUAGAGGUGCCGUCGGUGGACAAUCUCCGUCCCCAAGCCCCGGCCCCUCAGAGCUCCCCGCCCUAGACGGGUGGCCCAGCAACGGGCCUGCCUCCUCUGGUAGCUGCACGUGGCCGGGGUUUAGCCCUGUGGCGGGAGGAGAGGCGGGCUCCGGAGGAGUCGAGGAGCGGAGCCGGGGCCCUGCACAAGCAGAGGGCCCGCCCAGGUCGCUGUCGCCUCUCGAGCGCGGCUGCCCCGCGUCUUGCCUGGGCUUGCAUGGAAGCCCCGACGACGGGGUGGCGAGUGAGCGGUCGACCUCUGCGGGCACGGAGAGGGAAGGAGAACGUGCAGCCCGGAGCUCCGCUGACGUUUUCGCCGUGGAGAAGCAACUGUUGGCGGACGAAGGCGGCCGCUCUUCCAGUGAGUCCGACUCUAGUUCGGAUAGUGAUACUGAUACAGACAGCUCCUCUUCUGUCUCCUCGAUUUCUUCCUGUUCUCCAGUUCUGCCUGAGGACGGUGUCCAGCAAGAUAAGAAAGAUGAAAAUUCUCCCAGUAUUGGGGGGAAAAGUGAAUUGUCUGAAGACAAGUCAUUUCCUGUUGAAGAUCUAACAAUCCUUCUACCAGAAUCUGUUGAACUAAUGCCAAUUGGGAAUGUUUCCAGCAUCAUUGAAAACUUAGUUAUAGUUGAAUCGCUGAAAGGGCUGCCUCCAGUGAAUGAGGACAGUGUGCUUUUCAAAGAAGAUCGUUAUUCAAUAGGAAAGGUGUUUGAGGUAUUUGGCCCUGUGUCACACCCUUUUUAUGCACUACAGUUUAAGAAUCCUGAGCACAUUGAAACAAAAGGUAUUAAAAUACAUGAUGCUGUAUAUUUCGCACCAUCGGUUGAAAGCUUCACUCAGUAUAUAUUUCCAGAAAAAAUAAAACAGGAUAAAGGAUCUGAUGCAUCAUGGAAAAACGAUGAAGAGCCCCCGCCUGAGGCUUUAGAUUUUAGUGAUGAUGAAAAAGAGAAAGUGGCAAAACAGCAGAAGAAAUCUCAAAACCUAAGAAGAAAGAAGUUUAAAUCACAAGAUGAAUCUAAUGACAAUGGAAUUCAUUAUCAGCCCAGGAGACAUUAUCCCUCCAAUUAUUCAAGUGAAUCUCUUAAGGGAGAACUAAAUCCAUGCUUUUCAAGGGGUAGAUUUCCAGUUCAUCCACAUGCCUACAGACAGCACGUAAAACCUCUACAGCGUUACUGUUCUGACUAUAUGGAGUUUCAGAAGCCUUCCGCUUUCCGUCAGCAUCAGAAUAUGGGGAGACCUGGAAGGCAGCAGCAUUCCUUUCCUUCUCCGUCAUUUGGAACAGUUAGUAAUGCGGCAAAUCCCUUUCCACCUUCAUCUCCAACUUGGAGGUGGCCUCAUGGUUGUAUUCAGAACACAUAUGAUCCUUUGUUGUCAUUGCUAUCACUCCCGCCUCCGCCGCCACCGCCACCAGCUGCUCCUCCUAACAAUACAAAUCUUGUUUAGGCUGUGCUCUGACUUUCAGUGAGCUGAAAAUUUAAGACUUCUCUAUACACUGUAUUGCAUUUUCUUUUAAGUAUCUUGAGCGGUUCAAUUAAGUAUGAAAAUACAAACAGAUUCAAAGAAUUUUUAGGAAAUCAAAGGCCUCGAAUAGAUGGCAUUUCUUUAACCUAAUAGCUGACAAGUAUGUUUAAUAAUGGGUUAGACUGAUGAAGUAGCUAAAUCCAAUUAAAAUAAUUUAGCUUUAAACAUCUUUCUUUCUUGUACCUGUUUAAAUUGUGUUAUUGGAAACUUUAUUUUUGUAACAAAUCUGUACAUUUUUAUAUUGCAGACAUUCUAAAAAAUGUGUAUAAUGCACCAUUGUGGGGUUGUAUUCUUGGGUAAAAAUUAUCCCACAGGAGUCAAUAAAUGUUGAAAUUCUACAUGUAUUGUCAUUUCAAGAUUUUCUUUUGAAAAUGAUUGCCAGUUUAUAAAAAUAGUAAGUGUAGUUCAGCCAAAGUGAACCUUUUUUUGGGGGGGGGGUCACAUUGAGUUCAUUGGGUACCUAAUUGUUACACAUUUUGAAGUGAUAGGACUUAACAGUGCCUAAUUCAAUACUCAAAGUAUACUGCAAAAUUGCAAAAUUAGUCUUUUACUUUUUUUAUAGCGCUGGAGAGAUUUAGUUGAAUCUUCUAAACUUAUUUAAAGAUUUAACAUUCUUGAAGAUCUUCAAAGAUGAAUAAGAUCAUCUUAAUCAAAAUUAGCAUCUUAUUAGUAACAUGGAAGUUAAAGGAGUAGUAUAGCUUGAAUUUCUUUCUGAAUAUGAUAGGGAAAAUGUGGCUUUGAUUUUUAAGAGAGCUCACAGAAGAAAGCUGUUUUUUUUUCAGCCUUAAGGUUUUCCACUUCAGACUCUAAUGUAGAUAUGUAAGACUUAAGUGCCUUAGUAGGGUAAGGUGAGAAACGGUAUAAUAUGAAAAGCUGUAUGUGAAAUUUACAGUUGGAACACAUUUUGGUUUCAAGUUGUGUGGCCAAGAGGUUUAACUAAAAUGUAAAAGAAUUUCUGUAUCUUAUUUGUUGCUUUUUUAAAAAAAAGUUAAAACAUUGUUACACCAUUAAUGGGUUUUCUUAAAAAGUUAUCAUAACUUACAAUGGAUAAUAUUCUCUGUGUUGAGUUAGAUUUAUUUUCAUAUUGUUAAUUGAUUAUUAAAACCUGUAAAAAUUGA